AUGGGGCAUAAAUGUGAAGAUCGAGGGAAGAAACAACAAUGGAAACCAAAACUCAAGCCACCAGAAACUUCCACGAACAUAACGCCUGUAAAACCACCAGAAAGAGAGGAGACAACAGGAGCAGGAAGAGACUCUUGGGCAAGAGCGCGAAAGUCUGUACGAGAUAAAGGUAAAAACAUAGUGACUGAUACAAACAACAACAUCAACUGUAACAAUGGUUUUGAAGCACUUGAGGUUUUGAAUGACCAUCAAGUGACCACAAACCCUGAACCAUGUUAG